AUGAUGGCACUUGUGAUUGAACCUUAUCAUCAUGUUAAACUCAGCAAAAUCAUUGAACCUCCACGAUUACCGGCUUCUAGAAGACAUAGAACUAUAAUUGCAGUUCUUCCAUACAUUCGACAGAAAAAAAAUCGAUUGUCUCGAUUUGAUUGUGUUGCUAGUUUGUUUGCUUCCGUUGAAUGUGCCGUAGGUCAAGAUAUGUUUCGAACCUUAUCUCGGUUUCCAAUCGCAUUUCCCUUAAUAAUUCCUAAAUUAGAUGAAGCAGAUAAAUUUAAUGUGAUGCUUCCUUUGUAUACUGGUCCAGUUAUCAAAUGGGAAACUACACCUGGAACGAUCGUUGAAAACCAUCUUUUCAAUUAUCCAUUCAAAUUGAUUGUUGCAGUUCGAAUUGGAACAAAUUCUCAAGGAAAAAGCAUUAUACUUAAUCAAUUGAUGACUUCAAAUUCUAUGUUCUCUUCAUGUUCCGAACCACGAGCAGAAUAUGGAAUUCCACAUAUGAUUGAUGGAAGCGUUGAAUUUACUUGGUUAACUCAAGAAACUUGUAUUGAUGUUUUUGAAAACUAUUAUAAAAAAGGAGCGAAUAAAGAAAUUGUAUUUCUUGCAAAUUUACACGGUGAUGCUUUAGAAUUUCCGAAUCAAAUUAAAUAUUUAAGGCAAUUUCCUACUAAUUUUUUGGUUUUUUUAAUGCCUGGGUAUACUCAAAAUCAAAUAAAAGAAUUCGAAGAACUAGUUGGUUCCAGGAAAGUGGUAUAUGGUUAUGUAAAUCAUCAAAAUGUCAAAGAUAAAAAGAAAUACGUAAUUGACACUAAUCUUUUAAUGCUAGAUAAAACGUUAAAAAAAGUUCGCAUGUUCAAAGAAGCAUUAGAUACUUCAAUGUUUGAUAUUUAUAAUACAUUAAUAUUGGAAAAAUCACUUCAAAUGACUGAAGGUAUUGAGAUUCGUGAAUCUCAAGAUUUGAUAAAUUUUGUUAAGGACAAAAAAUGUCGUCACAUUAAAUUAAAAGUUUUUCAACUUCAAAGGAAACAACAAUCAGAAGAUGGUCUUCGAAUUUGGCAAAAUAAUAAUGAAUUACAAAAAUUAACACAAAUAUAUAAAAUCAUUCUAAAAUUACCUCUUGUUGUGAAAAGACGAGCUCUAGCACAUCUUGAAAGAGAAAUUUCCAGAAUAUCUAUGAUAGAAUUUGCUGAAGCUCGUAAUCAAGCUGUAUUAAAAAAGAAUGAAUUACGUAAAUCCAGUUUGAGCAAUAGAGGUCAAAAGAAUGAAAAAAAAAUUCGUGAAGAAAUUGCAAAAAUUUGGGAAGAAGUUGAUAAUAUGAGCUUGGAAAGUGAAAUUGUUACAAAAUUACCAGAACUUUAUUCAGAGUUAUUAAUUGGUGGUCAAACCAUAGAAUUACUUGAUGGAGAUACCGGAUCUAUAUCUGAAGCUUGGUUCUUGGCAAUUUGUGGACAUAUUUGUAGAAGAUUUCCUAAGCUUAGAAUUUUUGUAAUUAGUAUACUUGGCUUACAAUCAUCAGGAAAGUCCACCCUAUUAAAUGCUCUUUUUGCAUGUAGAUUUGCUAUUUCAGCCGGACGUUGUACUAGAGGUCUUUUUAUGCGUCUAUUAUUUUUAGAUAAAGAUUUAUCUGAAAAACUUAAUAUCGAUGUAUUUAUUUUAAUUGAUACUGAAGGUCUUGGCGCACCAGAAAAGAUGGAUGAUCCAGAAUCAGAAAAGAAAGAUCGAAUUUUAGUAACUUAUGCAAUGGGUGUAAGCCAUUUAACAAUUCUUAACGUUCUUGGAGAAUCAAUGAGAGACUUGACUGAAAUUCUACAGAUAGCAAUUGUGACAAUGGCAUGCCUUGAAAAAGCUGGAAUGGCACCCAAUAUUUUUAUGGUACAACAUAUUUCAAAAAGAAAUGUAUCAAGACUUUCUGAACCAGAAAAAAAAUUUCGGGCAGCUCUUAAGGAUGCUUUAAAGAUAGCCAAAGAAAAAGAUAUUGAGAUGGGAAUAUCCAAUAUAGAUUGUCUUCAAAUCCUUGACGAAAGGAUAAGAAAAGGACCAUCAGAGCAAUAUCAUGAGGAUGUUGUCAAUUUAUAUAAUUCUAUAAUUGAAGAUUGUAAGAAUUCUAAAAACAAAAUUGAAUUUUCCGAGUGGCAUUCAUUAAUUCAGAAUUAUUGGAAUGCAGUCUCCCAUGAAGAUUUUGCUGUUCAAACCAUUGACAGGUCAUUCCAAAAACAUGAAGAAUUAAUUAAACAAGAAAUUCGUUCUAAUCUUCAAAAUUGGUCUCCCAAUGACAUUGACACGAGUGAUAAGAAAGAUAAAAUCCAAGAAAAAUGUUUAAAUUUGAUUGAAAAAGAGCUAGAGGAGGUUCCAGAUUGUAAUAAUCAAAGUACUACCUGUGAAGAAUGUAAGGAAACCCAUAAAAAAAGAAUUGACUUGGAAGAAUAUCUUAAAAAUAAAAAUAAUGAAACGUGUGAAAUGGAAACUAUACAAACAAUUAGAAAAUACAUUAGUCUCAAUCGUAAACGUAUAUCUGCAGGACUUGAUCAAGUGCUUAAAGCUAAUUUUAUCAGAAAAGGUAUUUCAUCCGAGUCACUUGAUAUAAUCAAUAAGAAUUUAGAAAAUAUCCUAAAAUAUAUGCCAAAUAGGAAAUUUUCCGAUUUUGAACGUAAACAAAAAGUUGAACAAGUAUGGAAUUCACUGCGAAAUCAUAUAUUAUUGAGAGAAGAUAUUAUAUCGAUAGCAAAAGAAAUAGAUAAAGAGGUUGUAAUGGUGUAUGUUAACUCUGAAGUUUAUAGUAAAUACAAAACCAAUACUCUCCCAGAUUUAUCUAAUCACAAAGCAUAUAAAAAUUUCAUACGUGUUUCACAAUAUUUGGAACCAAAAGACCUCGAGAUUCUUCAGGAUAAGCUUGAUUAUUUAAUAAAUAUAAUCUUUAAAGAAAGAGCUGCUUAUUAUUUUUAUCAAGGAAUUAUUCAAGAAUGGGAUAAAGAAAAUACUUCACUCGGUAUGCUUGAUCAAAAGAAAGAUGAAUAUUUAAAGAUGAUUGAUACUCAGCUUCAAUAUGAACAUAGGCUAAUUUCUGAAGACCAUAUUGCUGGGGAUUACUUAUUGAAAGUUAUUCAUAAAAAAGCAAUGAUUGCGAGAAAUCGUGAACGAAUAGAUGAAGUGCUUGGUAUUUCUUGGUUAACCAAUGCUGAAACAAUCAGACUCAAAUAUUUUGGAGAACUUGCUAGUCAAGUUAAUAGUCAUACAAGUGGAAAACCAAGAAAAAAAUGUGAAGAUACUUUUAAUGCGGAAUUUAAACAAGUUUCACAGGAUAUUCCAAAAAGUGAUUUAAAAAUAUUGCGUGAAAAUAUAGAGAAAGAACUUACAACUAAAGAAAUUCUAAGAAAUGAGCCUCCUCAAAACCCGUCCGACGAUAAAAAGUUAUGGGAAGGAUUGGGUGUACCGAACCAUGUUAUUGGUGUAAAGCUUUAUGCUUGGGAAAUUGAGAUCAUCAUAAUGAUAUUAGUUCGAUAA